CCUCUCUGCUUUUUUCUUUUUACUUGUAGUUUGCUGUUAUUCUUGUUCUCCAUUUCUCUUCAAGAAUAUUGUUAUACCUUAAUUCAUGGCUACUUCCAAAACAUUCGUAUCUCAAUCUCAAUUCUUUGCAACCAAAACUCAUUUGAGAAAAAACCCGGACAGAAUCGAUUCCAGUAGUAUCACUUGUGUUUUUCAUGAUCUAACAAAACCCCCUCAUGGUUUCCACAAGUUGUCAUUUCCGUUGAACUUGAAACCAAGUCAUUUUGCUCUCAAGAGCAAUUCUAAUAGUCAUGUGAGAAUAGUAAACAUGCCGUCAAUAUGCCGAUCUAGAGUUGUCUCCCCCGAUGCUAUUAAAGAUGAGAAUCAUAAUAAUGAGAAGCCAAUGACUUUUGUAGAGGAACUACGAUCCGUUGCAAUGAAGUUACACGUCAAAGAGCCGGCGAAAGAAGGAGGUAAGAAGAAAACAAUGGCCCAGAUAUUAAUGGGAGCAGAGAUGCCUUCAUUAGAUGGGUAUGUCAAGUUUCUAGUUGAUAGCAAAUUGGUUUAUGAUACGCUGGAGAAUAUCAUCAGCAACCCAACCUCUUGGCCGUGUGCACAACUGCGGAAUACGGGGUUAGAAAGAUCAGGAGCAUUAGCUAAUGAUUUGGAGUGGUUUAGCCAAGAAAUGGGUAUGCAAAUUCCGUCACCAACUGCUUUCGGCAUUUCAUAUGCGUGCUACCUAGAAGAAAUAUCAAUGAAGAAUCCUAAAGCAAUCCCUUGCCAUUUCUACGAUAUCUACUUUGGCCAUGCCGUCGGUGGCCGGAUUCUUGGUAAAAAGGUAGCUGAGAAGAUACUUGAGAACAAAGAACUGGAAUUCUACAAGUAUAAUGGGGAGCUUUCAGAAAUGCUACAGAAUGUCAGAGAGAAGCUAAACAUAGUCGCUGAAGGUUGGUCUAGAGAAGAUAAAGAUCAAUGUCUGGAACAAACUGAAAUAUCAUUCAAGUACUCAGAAGACAUCAUGAAACUUAUAAUAUUGUCUUGAUUGUUAUGCAUUAUGGAUUCAUGAUUGAUGCACUUAUUUGUAUGUUAACGUACGGUAGAAUCGAUAUAACGGUUCCCUAAUAAUUCAUGAACAAACUUGUACUGUAUGCCAUAUUAUUUGUACUUGUAAUAUUUUUUAUCAAUUAAGUCAUCACCUCCAUGGCUCGUGGAAUGGAAAA